AUGGGCACGUAUUCGGGUGGGGGUGUAAUGACUGGGGACAGGUUGGUUGUGAUGAACAAAGAAACUCACGAUAAGUUGAAUAAUUCAAUAUCGUUUGAAAAUUCAUUUGAUGUAAUAAAUAAACUUGGUGAGGGUGGCUAUGGACAGGAUUGUCAGAAAAAGAGAAACAAAAUGUUUUGA